AUAUGCUGUGGACAAUUAAAAUCACUAAACCAUGUUUGUUUUGAAAACAGAACCAAUCCUACCUUCUUCUCCUCCAUCUCUCUUUGUGCUACCCCUGUUUUUAAUCUUCAAUUCUCCAAUGCACACUACUUCCAAUCCCAACCCAAACUCGAAAAGUGUCUCAGGAAACAAAACCAAGCAUAUUGCUAACAUGAAAUCUUCAACCCAAUUGCCUCUUCAAGUCAAGCUCCUCAUCUUUGGCUUCUUCCUUGCUUUCCUCCUCUUGAUGUUCAGAUCAAGCUUCUCACCUUACCAAAACAACCCAUUAUCUUCCAUGGCAGAAAUCAAAUCAACAGCAAUAUGGAACAAGAUCCCAUCACCAUUAGUCCAAGCUCUGAUCCACUACUCAACCUCAAACAUCACCCCACAACAAACAUCCAAAGAGAUAUCAGUUUCAGCUAGAGUCCUAGACAAGAAGUCCCCCUGCAACUUCCUCGUAUUUGGCCUUGGCCAUGACAGCCUCCUCUGGAGCUCAUUGAAUUAUGGUGGCCGAACAGUUUUUCUAGAUGAAGAUGAGUCAUGGAUCAAGCAAAUCAAGCAGAAUUUUCCAGAUUUAGAAGCAUAUCAUGUUGUGUAUGAAACCAAAGUGAGAAAUGCAGCGAACCUCUUGAGGAUUGGUAAGGAAAAGGAUUGUACAGUUGUGAGUGAUGCAGAGAAUUCUAAGUGUCAGCUCAUGCUGAAGACUUUACCAAGUGUGGUCUAUGAAUUAGAGUGGGAUUUGAUAAUGGUGGAUGCGCCGACUGGCUUCCACGAUGAUGCACCAGGGAGAAUGGGAGCUAUCUAUACUGCUGGAAUGAUGGCUAGGAAUAGGAAGGAAGGAGAGACUGAUGUUUUCGUCCAUGAUGUGAACAGGGAGGUGGAGGAUAAGUUCUCCAGGGCCUUACUGUGUGAAGGGUACAUGAAGAAGCAAGAAGGUCUUCUUAGGCACUUCACAAUUCCUAGUCACAUAGCCAACCCUGGUAGGCCAUUUUGCCCUUCCACCUAGAGGAGAUGAAGUUACAGAAAGGGUUGAUUUGUUUUCUUAUGCUGAAAACAGAAUUAUUUGUGCAUUGUAUUUAAUCCGAGUCAAACUCUGGUGACGACAAAGGAUUCAAAUUCAGUUUCUUGGAGAUCAAGAUUGGUAUAUAUGUUGCAUCUUGUGUUCAAGUGACCUGGGUUCCAAAGCUUUUGGGGCUAGGACUUGGUAGGAUGGAUGAGAAUGAAUUUUCAAUUUGAAUUCUGCUCGUUUUCUGUUAAUCUGUUUCUCUGUUUCCUCAACUUUUUUAAUCGAUCUUAAUGUGAGUUUUUCAUCUCCCCUUUCAAUGUGGAAACAA